AUGACUAAGUUUGAAGACUACCUGGAAGGAAUUGUCAACAUCUACCACCAGUAUUCAGUCAGAGUGGGGCAUGCUGACACCCUCAGCAAGGGUGAGCUGGGCCAGCUGAUCACAAGGGAAAUGGCAAACAUCCUCAAGCAAUCCAAAGAUCAAAGUUCUAUUGACAAAAUAUUCCAAGAUCUGGAUGCAGAUAGAGAUGCACAGGUCAACUUUGAAGAAUUUGUAAACCUGGUGUUCACUGUUCUAUUAACAACCCAUGAUAACUUACACAAACCAUGUUAA